CUCACGCUGACCGGCUCAGAGCUCCCUCUUUUUCAAGGGACCGCCCGAAGCUCAAUCCUCGUCUCUGCAAGCUAAAGAACCGCCAUGAAAGCUCUCCUCAACCCUCAAUACUCUCUCCUGUCAACCUCUCCGGCUCACUUCUCCCGGCGUCGGAACCUCACGCGCUCACGUACCUCGGCAUGCAUCGGUACCCCGGUAUAUCACCCAGGCCGUCUGGUUCGGCGGAUGCAUCCGUUGACCGUGAGGGCGGCUGCUCUGGACUCGGCGCUGGUCGAUCAGCUCGGGCUCUCCGACGCUGAGAUCAUAAAUCCUUCUGUUUCUUCAUCGUAUAGGAGCAGCAAACUGCGGAAGCCGAAUCAGACGGUGCUGGAUGCUCAGGCUAGGGUAUGCACCGGCCCUACCCAGACCAGGCCGCUCUCCGAGGAGCAGGCCUUUAAGGUUCUGGACACGAUACUAAGAUCUGCUAAUGGGGAGCUUGGGAAUGAGGAGCAAGUAUCGAAAGCUCAAAUGGGUGCUUUCUUCGCUGCGAUGACAAUCCGGGCGAAUGCUUUCCCGGAAGCAACUCAGUGGAGUGAAGGGGAAAGGCAUGCCAUGAACACAUUCUGGCCUCUCUUAGUUCGGGCGCUGCCGCCCGAUGUGAUAUUUUUGGCUGAUCCUGAGGGCUCGAUAAUGGGGGCAGGGAGUUCGAUCGGGCCAAUGUACACUGGCAAUGGUACUAGUGAAAUGAGAUUGGUUGGUGCAUUAAGGGAAAUUUUAGCUGGGGGCCAUCUUGGAUAUGAGGAAGUCCAAGGUGUCCUGAAAGAUGUUCUUCCCCUAGAAGCUGAAGAUCCGAUAUCUGCUGGAGUAAGUCAGUCAUUGCUUUCGGCAUUUUUAAUAGGUCAACGUAUGAACAGGGAAACAGACCGUGAGUUAAAAGCAUACUGCCUUGCAUUUGAUGAUGAACUGGGUCCUCCUCCUGUAGCUGAUGUUAGAUCUUUGACUCAUUACGGGGAACCCUAUGAUGGAAACACUAGAUAUUUCAGGAGCACGUUAUUUGUUGCUGCAGUUAGAUCUUGUUAUGGUGAAUCCAGCCUGCUCCAUGGUGUGGAAUGGAUGCCACCCAAGGGAGGUGUGACUGAAGAGCAAAUGUUGAGGUUCAUGGGGGCAAAUACAAGGCUAUCUGUCUCGCAGGCAAAAGAACUUCUCGAGGCUGACGAAGUUGGUUUUGCAUACGUAAGUCAGCGUGAAGCUCGCCCAUCUCUAUAUUCGCUGAUUGGUUUGAGAGAGCAUAUUAAAAAGCGUCCUCCUCUGGCAACUACUGAAAAGGUUCAGCAACUUGUUCGGGCUAGGGGAAGGGAAGCAAUCGUUACUGGAUUUUAUCAUGAAGGCUACGAGGAACCCAUGUUGAUGCUUAUGAAAAGAAGAGGCGUUUAUUCUGGAUUAGUGGUCAAGGGGGAGGAAGGAGCCCUGUCCAUGACAACUAGAGUUCGCUCGGGAAAUGUCUCUAAGGGACUCCCAGUGAACUACUGCUCAGGGUUCCGUUCAGUGAGCACAGUGUCUGCUAUUGAACUAGAUGGUGUUUCUAGGCAGAACUUCAGUCUUGAGGUUAAUGCUAAAGAUUAUGGUUUUGAGCCUACGGAAACACCGAGAACUGAUAGAUCGGUCUCGAAGAACAUAGAGUUGGGAUUGGCAGCUCUUCGUGGCCAAAAAGGCCCAGCAUAUGACCGGAUUGUCUUAAAUGCUGGGAUGGUUGACCACUUGCUGGGAUGCGAGGGUGCUGAAGAUGUCUCUGCUGCUUUCGACCGGGCGAGAGAGGCCAUCAACAGCGGCAGAGCCCUCAAGAGACUCUUAACCUAUAUCAAGAUCUCUCAGAAGCUGAAGCAAGAUAGGAAUUAGCCAAUUCAGCAAAAAAAAAGAUAGGAAUUAGCCAGAAUUGCUUCCAGGUUUUGGUCCUUUUUGUUGAGGAAUGUGCAAUAAAUUACAGGUCGAAAGGUAUUUGACUUUCUGUUUCCUGGCCCCCCUUUUGCUCAGGGAAUCAAAUUGUUUCAUAUUCCCCCCCGCCUUCUUCUCUCCAACUUAUCGACAGAAUGUUGUAUUGUUUGUAUCCCUGUUCAUACGAACGUUAUUGUUACUCAACAUUGUUAGUUAGAAGAGAAAAGUACAAGACAUUCGGGAGAGUUCGAAUUA